AUGGGGAUUGUGGAGUUUCCAGUUCUAGUUGAAAAGGAAAAAACAGUUGAGAGAUUUGAAGGAGGAAAUAGAGUGGAAAAGGGUCCAGAGGGAUCAUCUGGAUUUGGGAGGGGGAAACAUCCUCAAAAGAGACCAUCUCAGUUUCAAACUACUACUACAGGAGCUGUUCAGAGUAUUAGAUGUUACACAUGUGGAGGCCCACAUAUGAUGAGGGACUGUCCUAUAAAGAACUAUGUGUGUUUUAAAUGUGGCAAGGUGGGUCACAUGGCUAAAGAUUGCAAUGUCAGAAAUACUCCAGCUAGAGAGAACCAGAAAGUGGAUCGGCCUACUGCAGCAAGUCGUGUUUUUGCUUUAACAGGUGCUGAAGCUGAAACGUCAUAUGAGCUGGUAAAGGGAAAGGGCAAAGUUGAUGGUAAUGAUAUUUCUAUUCUAUUUGAUUUUGGUGCUUCACAUUCUUUUAUUUCUUAUGAAUGCGUGGCAAGGUUAAAUUUGGUUGUGAGUUCCUUGUGUGUGGAUCUAGUUGUUUCUACUCCAGCUUCAGGGAUGGAUUGGCUUUCUGCCAAUAGGAUUUUGAUAGAUUGUUCAGAGAAGAGAUUAAUCUUUCCUACUGUUGAACAGGAGAUGUUUAUUUCUAGUAGACAAGUGGAUGGGUUGUUGAAGGGUGGAGCUCUUGGGUUUAUGAUCCUAUCUUUUAUCAGUUUAGAGAAUGAAAAGUUGUUGAAUAGUAUUGAUGUUGUUAGAGAUUUCCCAGAGGUUUUUCCGGAUGAUGUUCCGGGGUUACCACCAAAACGAGAGUUGGAGUUUAGUAUUGAUCUUAUACCAGGGGCGGGACCAAUGUCUAUUUCUCCUUAUAGAAUGGCACCAGCGGAGUUGUCUGAAUUGAAGAAGCAUGUUGAAGAGCUUUUGGAGAAGCAAAUGAUCAGACCUAGUGUAUCUCCGUGGGGAGCACCAGUGUUGUUGAUUCGGGUAAGGGAGGAGGACAUACCAAAGACUGCUUUCAGGACUCGGUAUGGCCAUUAUGAGUAUGUUGUUAUUCCUUAUGGAGUGAAGAAUGCUCCAGCUGUUUUCAUGGAUUAUAUGAACAGGAUUUUCAGACCCUUUUUGGAUAAGUUUGUGGUGGUGUUCAUUGAUGAUAUUCUGGUUUAUUCUAGAUCUAUGGAAGAACAUAGAGAACAUCUGAGGAUAGUUUUGCAG